AGGGACGGGAAGGAGGAGGAGGGAGGAGAGGAGGGAAGAGGAGGGAGGAGAGCAAGAGGAGACAAGGAGGAAGGAGGAGGAGGGAGGUGGAUGACGAGGACGAGGCACACGACGGUAGGAGAUAGGAGAAGGGGGGGGGNGGGGGGGGGGAGGGAGGAGGAAGGAGGAGGGAGGAGGAUGAGUGGAGACGAGAACGAAGGAGGAUGAGGAGGAGGGAGAAUGAUGAUGCGGACGAGGACGAGAACAAGAACUAAAAAAAGUGUGGAUGCCAAGGACAAGGCACACGAUGGCAGGAGAUAGGAGAAGGGGGAGAAAGGAGGAAGGAUGGGGAAGGAGGAUGGAGGAGGAUGAGUGGAGACGAGAACGAAGGAGGAUGAGGAGGGAGAAUGAUGAUUGCGACGAGGACGAGAAAAAAGAAAACAAUGUGCCGAUUUGCCAUGUGGCACAUUACGGGAGGGGAAAGGAGGGAGGGGGCGGAGGAGGAGGAAGGAGGAGAGGAGGGAAGGGGAGGGAAGAGGAGGGAGGAGGACGAGAGGAGACGAGGAGGAAGGAGGAGGAGGGAGGUGGAUGGCAAGGACGAGGCACGGUAGGAGAUAGGAGAAAGGGGAGGGAGGAGGAAGGAGGGGGAAGGAGGAGGAGGCGAAAAGAGGAAGGGGCGAGGAGGACGAGGAGGAGGAAGGAGGAGAAAGGAGGGGGGAACACGAGGGGAGACGAGGAGGAAAGAGGAGGAGGAGGGAGGUGGAUGAUGGGGACGAGAAGUAAAAAUGGCGUGCCACGACAGGAGGAGGAGGAGGAGGACGAGAACAAUUACAAAAAGAAAACGCAUGCGGAUGUGCCACGUGGCACUUUACAGGAGGCGAAAGGAGGGAGGGGCGAGGAGGACAAGAGGAGGAGGGAGGAACACGAGGGGACAUGAGGAGGAAAGAGGAGGAGGAGGAAGGUGGAUGAUGGGGACGAGAAGAUAAAAUGGCGUGCCACGA